AUGACUCAAGUCACCAAGUUUGUUCAUUUCUCGAAUCGAGUUGAUAUUUUCAACACUGAAUAUAUCCUUAUUGUUAACACGUUUGAUCCAGUUGUUAACACGUUUGAUCCAAUUGUUAAAACGUUUGAUCCAAUUGUUAAAACGUUUGAUCCAAUUGUUAAAACGUUUGAUCCAAUUGUUAAAACGUUUGAUCCAAUUGUCAAAACGUUUGAUCCAAUUGUUAAAACGUUUGAUCCAAUUGUUAAAACGUUUGAUCCAAUUGUUAAAACGUUUGAUCCAAUUGUUAAAACGUUUGAUCCAAUUGUUAAAACGUUUGAUCCAAUUGUUAAAACGUUUGAUCCAAUUGUUAAAACGUUUGAUCCAAUUGUUAAAACGUUUGAUCCAAUUGUUAAAACGUUUGAUCCAAUUGUUAAAACGUUUGAUUCAAUUGUUAAAACGUUUGAUCCAAUUGAACAAAUGAAGUGUGUUUGA